GUCAGUACACCCUCUGCCCCGGAGACAAGACCUCAACCCAAGAGAAAGGGAAGACAUACUUCGCUCAUAAAGGAUAUAAGAAGUAUACAUCAGAAUCGGCAGCGCCACGAUCGUCGAGAGCCAUCUGUUUCGGCACCCACCGGAGUCGGGGUCUGUUAGUCAUGCUGGCCCUGCUGUCUGGUGCAUAGGUAGUACUGUACUGUACUGUACUCCCACCCGUUCUGGUUGAUCGCUUCGAUCCUUUCCUGAGCAGGGGCAUUGGAGGGGAGGGGGGCCCCGGAGGGGGUAGGGCAAGCAUAUGCUGAUCGUCCGUCACGGGAGACGAAUAUCCCCACCCCAAGUAGACGCAUGGCUCUCCAAUCAAGAUAACACAAGGAAAAGGGCAAAGGGGGGCGGGGGAAACUCACUUCCUCGCGGCAGCUUUAUACUCCUUCGUCUGCCGAAUGUCCUUCGUGGGGAGCGGGGGCCGGGUGCCUCCGCCUACUCUCGGGGGAGUAUUGCUUCCUGGGAUCCGGGAUGCGAGAGGCGUGUGGCGGAGGUGGGCAUCGGGGAGGACGACGCGUCGGGGUGGGGGUUUGGGGGUGGGUUGCGAUGGAGAUCUGGGAGUGGGAGUGGGAGUGGGUUUGGAUGGGCGGGGGGUGGGAGUGGAGGGGGGCAUUAUAGAUUGAUUUCUUUCUGUAUCGGGUUUGCUCUUUGUUUGGUGUGUGAAAUAUGAAGGAUCAGGGGACUGAGGAAUGUGUUGAUUGUGUUUAUGUUUGGAUGUCCCAGGAACAGUAUUAAAGAGAUGUCUUGAUGUUGAGGC